AUGCCCGUGCGUUUGUCGAUCGAAUUUCAAUAUGUAACAUGUUUGAUGCGUAAACAACAGUGAAAAUAUACAAUAGAAAUAAGCUUACAAUCUACAGAAACAGAGGUAAUUACCGAGCAUAGAUACAUAUUUGAAUAUAGAAAUAUUGAAUAUAGAGACAUAAAUAAAUAAUAUACAGAAAUGACUGUGCUACUUUGGACUUUGUCGAUUGAAACUGAGGUGAAGUGAGCAGUGAGGAUGACGUGGACUAAGGAAUUGGACGAGGCUGCCGUCCUGGCUACUAAGAAGGGCUGCUGGCAUAUGCUUCUGUUUUACUUAUUGUGUGGGCUGGCAGCCAUACCGACAUCUUUCUUGGUAUUCUCUCAGGUCUUCACAAACGCAAGUCCUGAGCACUGGUGCGCACCACCUUCAGAACUUGAAAGCCUAGCAUUCCCAGAUGAAAUGCUUCGCAAUUUGACUGUGCCACAAGAAAAAGGAGUAUUUGAAACUUGCAGAAGUUACUCACUUGAUAUGCCAGUGUUGUACGCUGAUCUCAGUGACUACUUUGGUAUUAAAAAUGUUACAAAUGUGGAAAACGGUACUCUCUUAUUUCUAAAAAUUAAGGAUUUGAUCUUAUCCAGUGAACCAGAUGAGAGAUACGAGAAGAUACAAAGAGUACAAGAUGCAAUUGUGGCCGUAAGAAAAGAACCUACUGCUUGUACGAACUCAUGGAUUUUUAAGACAGAACAUUAUACUACAACUUUAGUUACGGAGUUCUCGUUGGUAUGUGACAAAGAAUGGUUGCCGAGAACUGGUACCACCUUGUUCUGGGUGGGCUCUCUAGUUGGUAAUCUAUUCUUUGGAUGGAUAUCUGACAGAUACGGUCGCCGGCCUACAAUUUUGCUUAUGGUAUUUCUUGAGGUACCAUUAUGUAUUCUUGCAUCAUUCCCCGGAAAUUAUUGGGGUUAUAUCGCUUUGAGGGUACUGGGUGGGCUAUUCUUCCCAGCCCUUUACCAGCAGCCUUUCAUUCUAGCUUUGGAAUUAAUGCCCCCAGCAACGAGAACUCAUACAGGUAUCGUCGUGGGUAUGCUAUUUGCAAGUGGUAUGUGCUUGCUGGCCCUUCUGGCUUUUCUGAUACGUGACUGGUUUUACUUGUCCAUAGCUAUCAGCCUUCCUUUUGUUGUAUUAUUUGGAUACUACUGGCUGAUACCUGAGUCUCCGCGAUGGUUGGUCGGAAGAGGGCGUAUAGCGGAUGCUGAAAAAGUUCUUAGAAAUCUCGCCAAGAAAAACGGCAUAGUUAUAAGUCAUGGUUUUCUUUUAGAAUUGCAUAAAAAGAUUAAAGAUGAAGAAGCCGAAGCAGAACUUUCAAUAAUGCCCACAGCUAACGGAUUAGUACUUUUACACGAGAAAGAUGAACUUGUGGAUAGAAAAAUCAAUAGUAUGUUUUCUUCGAAAAAUGAACUUAGAAAUAAUGGUGAGCAUGAUGUUGAAAACAAAGAAAACUUAGAACCUAGAUUACUAGAAGGAGGAGAUUUAAUUCAGAAAUCUAGGUCCCCAAGAGAUGCAGAAAGUAUCAAAGAGGAAGUAAUCAAAUUGAAUCAGAAAGAUUUAAUACAAAAUCCUGAUUUACAACAAAGAAAUACACAGACAGAAUAUUCUUUCCCAAACAAUCUAAGAAGUAAAUCUCUUCAAAUAGUCAAUAGAAUUAUUUUAAAAGAAAAUCAAGAUAUACCAGAUAAGAGGAAAAUGGAUGACGAGAACUCCGAAGGAGAUUAUAGAGCAUCUCCACUAGAUGUAUUUAGAUAUCCAAAUAUAAGAAAGAAGUUUUUUAUACUUACAUUUAAUUGGAUAGCAUUAGGAGUAGUCUAUAAUAGUUUAAGUUAUAAUACGCCAAAUUUAGGAGUAGAUGAUUACUUGGCAUUUUUUAUCGGUGGAGCAGUAGAAAUUCCAUCAUAUUUCAUCGCAUGGCAGUGCAUGGAACGAUAUGGCCGACGUUGGGUUUUGUGCAUCUUUAUGAACGUUGGAGGCUUGGCAUGCUUGAGCUGUGCAUUAGUUCCAGAAGUGUGGCCUUGGGUGAUAGUUUCAUUAGCCAUGUUGGGAAGAUUAUGCGCUGCUGCGUCUUUCGCAGUGUUUUAUGUACAAAUUGGUGAAUUGCUUCCCACAGUUGUGAGAGCACAAGCUAUGGGCGCUUCGUCUGUCGUGGCUGGUAUCGGAUUGCUAACAGUUCCAUAUAUUGUAGCACUGGCAUCUGUAUCUAAAUAUCUUCCACUUAUCAUUAUGGGCGUGCUGAGCGUGAUGGCAGGUGUUACGUCACUCUUCUUGCCAGAAACCUUGAACCAGCCCUUACCACAAACACUAGAAGAUGGAGAAUCGUUUGGAAGAAGUUUUAAAUUAUUGAGCUGCGUAGAAAGUAAAGAGUAGAUUGACACUGGCAUUUAUAAUUUAAACGCCAAUGUGUGCUGUUUGGUUACCUGUCUUUGUUUGGCUAUGUUUGGCUCAACCGCUGCACCGAUGUAGGUGGGCACAGAGAUUGACAUAGGAUACUUUGUAUCCCAGGAAAUUAACAAGAAACUGUUACCGCUUUAUUAAAAACUUACCUUUGUUACUUAUGCACGCACUACAAAUAAACUGCUCUCCACUAAACAUAUAGCUUAGAUCUUAGUGACUGACAUAAGUAGGUUGUUAAGCUCGGAAUAAAGAGACAAGGUGCUCCCGGGAUUUUUAGAAAAGGCGAAGGUAAUUCAGAUGAAUUAUUGGGCAGCAGCUAGUACUACGAGAUAGCAAGGACCUGAGUGCCUAAUGUGAGGUUUUUUUUUCUAAGUCUACUUAGAAGCUUGGAAACAUUAUUUCCACUAGAUGGCGGUCUAUUCAGUUCAAACAAUAGUUAACUUACACGCGAUCGUAUAGGUAGAAAAUCUCACACUAGGCAUUCUGUGGCACUUAUGAUGAACACGGCGAAUUAUACUUAUUUUCGUAAUUAAGGUUUUAAUACAUUAAUUUACAUGUACCUCAAUAUACCUAGAAGCGUGCGUAAUUGUAGAUAUGUCUCAACUCUGAGUAAGUUACUUUUAAGUUCUGCAUUUUGUUCAUGUUCGACGAACUUACAUUAUAAAAACAAUAAUUCACUAAUACUUACUGUUAUUGUAUGA